AUGAAUCAACAGUGCAAGGUGUGCGGCGAGCCCGCGGCCGGCUUCCACUUUGGCGCGUUCACCUGCGAGGGCUGCAAGUCGUUCUUCGGCAGAUCUUACAACAACCUGAGCAGCAUCUCCGAGUGCAAGAACGGCGGAGAGUGCGUGAUCAACAAGAAGAACCGGACAGCCUGCAAGGCUUGUCGUUUGAGGAAAUGCUUGCUCGUCGGAAUGUCGAAAUCUGGCUCGAGAUACGGUCGUAGAUCUAACUGGUUCAAGAUUCACUGUUUACUGCAAGAACAACAGCAGCAGCAGCAACAACAGCAACACUACCAACAGAAUCUUCCUAACCAACAAAUGGCGCAGCAACGAAAACCGAUGAGCCCGCCGAUCGGUAUCCAUACCGGUCAACGAAAGGACGAUGUGCUGAUGCUCGGUUUGGACGACUAUAAAAAUUCCACCUCACCCAGCAUCAGUUCACCGGAAUCUCAUAACAGCGACAGUUCCGUGGAAAUCUCCGAGAGAAGGGCAGCUUUCUCGGGUCAUCCAGGAUUCAGACCGCUGCACUCUCACUUGCAACCUUCCGUAGCUGACUUGUCAGCUCUCAGCAAAGAGAUGAUGAGUCUACCGCUUGGAUUCCACCUAGGAGGCAUGUCUCUGAUCCCACCAGCUUUUCUACCACCGCCAAGUCUCACCAUGUUCUCCCCUUAUCACCUGUACGCGACGUCGCACGGAACGACUCAUCCGUUGGUACCCAAUCAUCCCACGAAUCUGCUUCGACAUUCGCCCGCGAUGGAAGACACGAGUGCAGUCACCGCUACAACCACCACCACCACCACCAACACUAUCACCAUGGAUACCAAGGAUUCCUGUGGAAACAACAACAAUAACAACAACAACAAUAAUAACAACAACAAUAACAAUAAUAACAACAACGACAGAUACGUUCAUAACAACAACGUGCAAACGACGAGGCAGAGUGUCUCUCCUAACGCGGAGACAGGUGAAACGUACACCAAGCGGUUUUAUUUGGACGCUGUAUUGAAGAGUCAACGAACACACGCGGAAGGUUCGCCAGCUGGAUCGGUGAAGGAACAUUCCGAAGGCGGUUCGCCAUUAUGCAGCCCGGAACCGGAAACGGACUGUCCGCCACCUCAGGACAACCCGAUGGAUUUAUCCAUGAAGUCAGCCGCGACUUCCGCGAGCGACGAAACGGAAGAGGACGAAAUUGAUAUGGAGAGCGUGAGCGAUCGGGACAGUCCUCCGUUGAAGAGGAAAUCGGCGCCUAUAGAUCUAACGACGAGAUCUUAG